AUGGGUGAGUCAAACGAGAACUGCUGGUUCCUGGCGGCCGUGGAAGCCCUGACGUUCCACCAGGACAUCUUGGCUGCAGUCGUGCCACAAAAUCAGAGCUUUGAGAGGAAAUAUGCCGGCAUUUUCCACUUCCGGGGUGGGGCUGAGGAAUUGGCUCUGUGGUUUUGGCACUUCGGUAAAUGGGUUGACGUGGUGGUUGAUGAUCGCCUGCCGGUGAACGAGGCGGGGGAGCUGGUCUUUGUUUCCUCAGUCUAUAAGAACGUGUUCUGGGGAGCCCUUCUGGAGAAGGCAUAUGCUAAUUCUUACAAAUGGGAGCUGCUGAGCCCGAAAGAGAAGAUUUUGCUGAGGAAAAAGAAGGAGGAUGGAGAAUUCUGGAUGUCUCUGCGAGAUUUCAAGAUUCAUUUUGUAGAUCUGACGAUCUGUAAAUUAACUCCAGACCUGAUGAGCCAGGAAGAUGGGAAGAAGUGGAUGUACUCCCUGAAGAGCACCUUUUGGAUGAACCCUCAGUACUGGCUGAAUGUUUUACCAGUUGGAGACAGUAAGAAAAGCCUGGGUUCCUGCAAUGUGGUUAUAUCCCUGAUGCAGAAACACAGCAGCAAACACCGGAACCGAGCUCCUCACCUCUUCAUUGGAUUUUCAGUCUACAAGGUGGACCUACAGUACCAGGAAAGCAACAGAAAGCUGGCCCCAGCUUUCUUCACUCGACAUCAGCCUGUGAACAAGCACCAGGUCUUCCUUGAUGAGCGGGAAGUGACCCAUGACUUCCACCUGGAGCCUGGUGUCUAUGUGAUUGUCCCAUCCACCCUGGAGCCUCAGCAGGAGUCUGAAUUCAUCCUGCGGGUCUUCUCCAGGAAGCAUGUUCUUCGGGAAAUGGGUGGGAACACCAGUUUCACCCUCUCUAAGUGGCAGGCCAGAGGACCCCACAAACCUGCCCCAGCUUUCUUCACUCGACAUCAGCCUGUGAACAAGCACCAGGUCUUCCUUGAUGAGCGGGAAGUGACCCAUGACUUCCACCUGGAGCCUGGUGUCUAUGUGAUUGUCCCAUCCACCCUGGAGCCUCAGCAGGAGUCUGAAUUCAUCCUGCGGGUCUUCUCCAGGAAGCAUGUUCUUCGGGAAAUGGGUGGGAACACCAGUUUCACCCUCUCUAAGGGCUCGGACGUGGACUGGGACGACCUUUGGGAUCAGUUUGAAGAGCGGAGGUACCUGAGCGCCCGGAGGUGGAAGGGCGGCGAGGACCCGUACCGGCUCCAUGCCUUUAACCAGCGGGAGAGCGAGAGGAUCCCCAGUGACCGCGCCAUCCGUGACACCCGCCAUCACAGGUGUACAACUUUGCACUAUCGCCAGGACCUCCCGCCAACCAGCGUCAUCAUCACCUUCCACAACGAGGCCAGGUCGACCCUGCUAAGGACGGUCCGGAGCGUGCUGAACCGCACUCCAGUGCACCUCGUCCAUGAAAUCAUACUAGUGGAUGACUUCAGUGACGAUCCUGACGACUGCCGCUUGUUGGGCAAGCUCCCCAAGGUGAAGUGCUUGCGGAACGGACAGCGAGAAGGUCUGAUCCGGUCCCGAAUCCGAGGGGCAGAUGUGGCACAAGCGGGAGUCCUGACCUUCCUCGACAGUCACUGUGAGGUGAAUAAGGACUGGCUACUCCCUCUGCUGCAGAGGAUCAAAGAGGAUCCCACCCGAGUGGUCAGCCCCAUUAUUGACAUCAUCAACUUGGACACUUUUGCCUAUGUGGCGGCUUCCUCAGACCUCAGAGGAGGUUUUGACUGGAGUCUGCAUUUCAAAUGGGAGCAGCUUUCUCCAGAGCAGAAAGCCAAACGACUUGAUCCCAUCGAACCCAUUAAGACUCCCAUCAUUGCCGGGGGGCUAUUCGUGAUUGAAAAAGCCUGGUUCAACCACCUGGGGAAGUACGACAGUGCCAUGGACAUCUGGGGCGGGGAGAACUUCGAAAUCUCUUUCCGUGUGUGGAUGUGUGGAGGGAGCCUGGAAAUCAUCCCCUGCAGCCGUGUUGGACAUGUCUUCCGGAAGAAACAUCCAUACAUCUUUCCAGAGGGAAAUGCCAAUACAUACAUUAAAAACACCAAGCGCACCGCGGAGGUGUGGAUGGACGAAUUCAAGCAGUACUACUAUGCGGCUCGUCCCGCAGCCCAAGGAAGGCCUUAUGGAAACAUCCAGAGCAGAGUGGAGCUGCGGAAGAGGUUGAAAUGCCACAGCUUCAAGUGGUACCUGGAAAACGUUUAUCCCGAACUUCGGAUUCCCAAGGAAUCGCUCUAUCAGACUGGGAUGAUCAGGCAAAGGCAGAGCUGCCUGGAGUCACACAAGUCUGAAGCCCAAGAGUUCCCCGUCCUGAGCUUAAAUCCUUGCAUCAGCAGCAAAGGCACGGCAGCAACGGCACAGGAAUGGACGUACACAUACAACUACCAAGUCCGCCAGCAGCAGCUGUGCUUGUCUGUGUACACCCUCUUCCCCGGUUCCCAGGUGCUGCUGUCACCUUGCAAAGAAGGUGACAACAAGCAGCGAUGGGGUAAAGUUGGGUCACACAUUGAACACGUAGCUUCACGCUUCUGUUUGGACACUGAGACGAUUGGGGACACGAAUGAGAGCACCAAAGAGCUUGUCAUCAACCCUUGCGAGAGCACAGCCAUGAGUCAGCGCUGGGACAUGGUGAUGUCUUGACCUGCUUGAGGACUUACACAGCGGGGAUGGGCACUGAGAUGUUGCUACACGCAGCCAAGAUGCACCAGAUGGAGCUCAAAUGCAAAACCAUUGGGGGUCCUUGUGUAUUAUGGGACAGGAGAAGAAUCAUUCAAAUAAAAAUAAGGACAUGGCACUCCAGGUUGAACAACGGAUGUUGUCUGCAAGGCAUGUAGCCAUUAUUGGCCUGUUGGCAGUCAUACAUUCAAAGAGAAUGGAUGGCAAAAA